UUUCUCUUCUACUUACUCUGUUGUGAGUACAUGUGUGUUUUACACAUUUGCCUAUUCUCUUCUUGACUAUAAUUUCUUGUUUUCUGUUUAUUUCUGGGUGCUUAAAACUGUUUACUUUUUGGCUGUGAUUUAUAAAAAAAAAAAUGGAAACUUUUACCCUUAAACGGUGCUGAUCAUGUGAACUCUUCCAUGAUUAAAUUGUCUUCUAGAAUUUGAUCCUCUGCUGUAUCAUUAUUGUAUGAUUAAAUUUUAAGUAAUUAAGCUACCCCAUAUAGUGAAUAGUUAUUCCAGUUUUCUUAUUGAUUAGCUUGUUUUUACAUCAAACAUGAACUGAAUUCUCUUGUGACAGCUAUUGAAGUGCAAGAAGAAAUAGCGGAGUUGGGGAUCAUUUAGAAGCUACUUUCCCUGGUUGAUAUAUAGUUUGCUUAGAAGUCUGCAAAUUUUGGAGAAAAGUUUUAUGUUUUGAUUAGGAGUUGUGUGAUUGGGAAAAUGGGUUACAUUUGUGAUUUCUGUGGGGAUCAACCGUCUAUGGUAUAUUGCCGGUCUGAUGCUGCCUGUUUAUGUUUGUCAUGUGAUCGAAAUGUCCAUUCUGCUAAUGCACUGUCAAAACGCCAUUCGAGAACAUUGUUAUGUGAAAGAUGCAAUUCACAACCUGCUUUUGUUAGAUGUGUAGAAGAAAGGGUUUCCCUCUGUCAGAACUGUGAUUGGAUGGGUCAUGGUACCUCUACCUCAAAUUCGACACAUAAGAGACAAACAAUUAACUGUUACUCUGGUUGCCCAUCAUCUGGGGAACUUUCUUCCAUAUGGUCAUUUUUUUCGCAAUCCCCUUCAGCCAGUGAAUCUACUUGUGAGCAGGAAUUAGGUCUAAUGAGCAUCACUGAGAACAUAGAGAGGACUUCUUGGGGCCCUACAGAAAACACCAUUAGCCAGAAUAGUACUGGUGUUGCUGAAGUUAAUAAUGACCACAAUGUUGAUAAGGGAAGUGGCUGGGGUGGGUCUUCAAUUCCUGAACUCAGAUCUGCACCACGGCUUCUGGAACAGCCAGCUGGAUCAACAGAUACAUCAUUGCCCAAGUUUUGUUGCCCUCAAACAAAGUGUCCUGGACUUUGUGAAGAUGAUCUGUAUGAUGACUUCAACAUGGAUGAAGUUGAUUUGAGCCUUGAAAACUAUGAAGAACUCUUUGGGGUAACUCUUAAUCAUUCAGAAGAACUUUUUGAGAAUGGUGGAAUCGAUAGCUUAUUUGGAAUGGACAUCUGUGCUGCUGAUUCCAACUGUCAGGCUGCAGUGGCUGCUAAGGGCUCAUCUGUUGGACUGGUCAAUGCAAUGCAGCCAGCAUGCAGCAAUGCAGCAUCAGCUGAUUCCAUUAUGAGCAAUAAAACUGAUUCAAUUCUGUGUUUUACGGCAAGGCAGGCCCAUUCAAGCCUCUCAUUUUCAGGCCUUACUGGAGAGAGUAGUGCAGGAGAUUACCAAGAUUGUGGGGCUUCAUCAAUGCUUCUCAUGGGGGAGCCUCCUUGGUGUCCUCCAUGUACUGAGAGCUCCUUCCCAUCAGCAACUCGAAGCAAUGCUGUCAUGCGUUACAAGGAAAAGAAGAAGACACGGAAGUUUGAAAAGCGAGUAAGAUAUGCCUCUCGCAAAGCAAGGGCUGAUGUGAGAAAGCGUGUGAAGGGACGCUUUGUCAAAGCUGGUGAUGCCUAUGAUUAUGAUCCAUUGAACCAAACCAGAAGCUACUGAGAGUACAAUUUUUUUAACUAUGCUUAGAAAAAGGAAAGAAACACAAGAUGUUAGUUGGAAAGAAUUGGUUAUUCUUGCCUAAAAAUGGAGAAAUUGAAGCUAAUACUUUUUUUAACUAGUUAAAUGACGGGCUGUAUGGUUGUAUCACAGGGCUCCAGGUUUUAUCAGUAGUUGGAUACAAAAAUGCCAUGAAUAAAUUGCGGAGGCCUGGUUCUCCAUUACCAGCUUGAUGGAUCACAACAUCAUUUGGCGACAUCUGCCUUGAUUGCCUUUGCUGCCAAGCCGCAGGUUUCCACCGUUUGAGCAAGUUCAACUGCUCAAUUCUUGUCUUAGUAUGGAAAGGAAAAUGCUUAUGGGUAGUCCAAAGCCAUAUUUAUGCUCGGUGUUCGUUUUGUUGACGAUUAUAUAUAUACCUUCAGCUGUUUUCAUCGCUUUUAUGAAAGCCGCUGCUGCUGCCAGGACAUGCUAAGAAGCCCAACUUACAAUGUCAACUCACAGGCAAAAUGCGUGCAGCUAUAAUUUUGCUCUUCCUUUCUUCUUAUUACUUGUAUAGCAUAGAUCUCUUGUAUUUGCAGUUGAGAGUUUUAAUUAUCUGCCCAAGUAACUUUUGCUAGGUCAGACAAGAAACAUGCAGUUGUAAUAUUCUUCUCUUGUGGACGUGUACAGCACUGGAUUAAGCAAAUGCACCUAGGAUGAAAUUAUUUAUAACUUAUACAAAAAAUAAAAAUAAAAAAAUCUACU